AACUCAUCUUCUCCUACAAUUUCACUGUACUUUGAUCAAUCGAGCGUCUGUGUGUGUUCGAUCGGAGAGAACAAAUGGAGGAGAAACUCAGCUGCGAUGGAGGUCACGAAUUCAAGCUGCUCUUCUCAUGUCCUUCUGGUUUAUCUCCUUCACAGGUGUCAGUUGUUUUCGAUGAAGCAUACGAUAGGAAUCCCCAUCCCGAUCAUACUUUGGAGAAGUCUAUUUCUGAGAUAUGGGAUGCAAGAGUUCAACAAAGUUCAUCACUUUACAAUGGAACGAAGUUCAGGUACGGUGGGUACAACUUUAAUGUAGAGAAUGAUCCCAAGCAACAACCUCACGUUUCCCUUCAUCUUGGUCUGACAGAUUAUAGGACAUUCGUGGGAACAAAUUUAAGUCCUAUGUGGGAAGGAUUUCUUGUUCCAUCUGAAGAUGAUUGUAUACAGUGUCAGCACACAUCAAGUCCUCUGGGUAAUGGGGCAGUUGUGGAGACUUCUGACAGAAGAAUACUUGUGCUUCAGAGAAGUAAUAAAGUUGGAGAAUUCCCUGGAUAUUUUGUUUUUCCUGGAGGCCAUGCAGAGCCCCAAGAAGUUGGAAUAAUCUCCCAUGAAGGCUUCCAAGAGCUGAAUCAGUGUCACAUGAUUAACAGCAAAGUUUCUCAGGAAAUGUUUGACAGCAUUGUCCGUGAAGUUGUUGAAGAAAUUGGAGCUCCUGCAGAUUCCCUCUCCAGCCCCAUCUUUAUUGGUAUAUCGCGAAGAGUAUUGAAUGUUAGACCAACUGCUUUUUUCUUCAUCAAAUGCAAUCUUCGGUCAGAGGAAAUUCAACAACUGUAUUCUAGUGCACAGGAUAGCUUCGAGUCAACUCAGCUUUAUGCUGUUUCAAUGAGUGAUCUAGAGAACAUGGCUUCUAAAAUGCCUGGCUGCCACAGGGGAGGCUACGCACUCUACAAAUUAAUGGUGCAAGACACGAGUGAUAACUAAUCACAUCGUUAGCUGAUUUAGCCUCUUAAUCUCGUCUGCCUGAUUUAUUCAUGUUUGCCUCACAGUCGUUGAUGUUCAAUCACAUCAAGGCGAGUGAUAGCUAAUCACGUCUUCUGCUAAAAAAGGAAUGCAGCCUCUUAAUCUCUUGUAUGCCUUAUUUAUACAACGUUUGUCUCUCAGUCCUUGAUGUGCAAUCUCAUGCUGUGCUGUUUCAUUGAUCAAAAGAAAAGUUCCCAUGGAUCUAAAUGAGCCAACAUACACUACACAGAUUAUGUAAUUUUGUCAUAUUGAAUGACAAGCAAACACAUUUGUCUUUGCUUCUUUGCUAUGUAUUGAGCUGUAUUAGUUUUAUUUUAUGAAUUGAUUC